CGGCCAGGAGCCUUCACGUAAAUGGGUCCAGUCAUGCCUCCCAGCAAGAAACCGGAAAGCUCAGGAAUUAGCGUCUCCAGAGGGCUGAGUCAGUGUUACCGGGGCAGCGGUUUCUCCAAGGCCCUGCAGGAAGACGAUGACCUCGACUUCCCCUUGCCCGACAUCCGACUAGAGGAGGAGGCCAUGGAAGAUGAGGAGCUGACCAACCUGAACUGGCUGCACGAGAGCAAGAACCUGCUGAAGAGCUUCGGGGACUCGGUCCUGCGCAGCGUCAGCCCGGUCCAGGACCUGGACGACGACCCGCCGCCGUCGCCCGCCCACUCCGACGUGCCCUACGACGCCAUCUAGAACCCCAACUGCAAGCCCCCCUACUCCUUCAGCUGCCACAUAUUCAUGGCCAUCGAGGACUCGCCCACCAAGCGCCUGCCCGUCAAGUAUAUCCACAACUGGAUCUUGGAACACUUUCCGUAUUUUGCAAAGGCACCUACUGGGUGGAAAAACUCAGUGAGACACAACUUGUCCUUGAAUAAGUGUUUUAAGAAAGUGGACAAAGAGAGGAGUCAGAGUAUCGGGAAAGGGUCAUUGUGGUGCAUAGACCCAGAGUAUAGACAAAAUCUACUUCAGGCUUUGAAAAAGACACCUUAUCACCCACACUCGAAUGUGUUCAGUACACCCCCCGCCUCUUCUCAGGCAUAUCAAAGCACAUCAGGUCCACCCCUCUGGCCAGGCAGCACCUUCUUCAAGAGGAACGGAGCCCUCCUGCAAGAACUUGACAUUGACGCUGCCACUGCCAUGAUGCUUUUGAACACUCCCCCUGAGAUACAAGCAGGUUUUCCUCCGGGAGUGAUACAGAACGGAACGCGGGUUCUGAGCCGAGGCCUGUUCUCCGGGGUCCGGCCGUUGCCAGUCGCGCCCAUUGGGAUGACAGCGGCUGUGAGGAACUGCCUCCCCGGCUGCCGCCUGCGGACUGAGAGCGAGCCGGCGUGCGGCUCCCCGGUGGUCAGUGGGGACCCCAAGGAGGACCACACCUACAGCAGCGCCAAGGCCGCCGCCGCCCGCAGCGCCUCGCCCGCCAGCGACUGCGCCUUGUCCUCCUCUGCCGACGAGCCCGACGAGGUCGCCGCCAAGGGGGGCCCGGAGGGCAGAGAGGGCAGCUUCCCUAGCCGCGAGAGCCACAGCGAGCCGGAGGAGGACGGCCGGCCGCGCGGCCCCCGGGAGGCCCCGGGCGACUGCGGCCCCGCGCACAAGAAGCGGCCGCCCGCGGCCAAGGCGCGGAAGGUGCCCAGCGACACGCUGACCCUCAAAAACAGACGCACGGAGAAGCCCCCCGAGAGCGACGACGAGGAGAUGAAGGAGGCGGCGGGCUCGCUCCUGCACCUGGCGGGCAUCCGGUCCUGCCUGAACAACAUCACCAAUCGGACGGCAAAGGAGCAGAAGGAGCAAAAGGAAACAGCGAAAAAUUAA